AUGAACUAUGUGGCAUUCGCAUCAUUGGCCGUCCUGCUCGCAGGUUAUUGCUGCGUCGCCGACGACCAGACCACGACCGCGGAGGAAGCCAACUUCGCCACGAGCGCCGACGACCGGACUACGACCAUGCAGGAAACCAAUCCCACCUCGAGCACCCACGAUCAGAUCACGACCAUGGAGGAAUCCAACCCCACCACGAGCGCCCACUACCAGAUCACGACCACGCAGGAGGCCAACCUGACCAAGAGCGCCCACGAUCAGAUCACGAGCACGGAACAAGCCAACCCCACAACAAACGCCCACGACCAGAUCACGACCAUGGAGCAAACCAAUCCCACUCCGAGCACUGCCAUGGCAAUCACCACCAGUGGCAUUGCCAUGGCAAUCACCACCCCGAGCGAUGCGACGUCGAUGAGCGUUGCGACGUCGACCGUCGACGGCGCCGGCGUAUUGCCAACACCACCGCCGACGCCAGCAGCACCGCCGGCCCCGACAGCCAACAACAGUCAGUGGUUCAUUUUGCAACAGGCCACCGUACGCGUUUCCGUCGACCACACGAUGUGUGAGGGUAUCGUCCUCGCGGCGCACCCUCAGCUCCCCGCCGAGAUCGAGUGCGGAGAAGCUUGCGAAAAAUGGACCACUCUCCGCAACUCAGUUGAAGCUGCUGUAAUCGCAAAGGUUGUUGACAUGACGCUGGACGUCAUUGACAUUCCGAUGUCGUUCAUAGCCAGUACCACACAUCACGACACGUUCGCAGACUUUGGUGACCGCACAGGUUAUGGACUACCUCUUUCAGGUUCAGCAUAUAUAUAUAUAUAUAUAUAUGUAUCCAGUCCAUGUGGCUUACGGCAAGUAUUGGUGGAGACAUCGGCGUGCCCCUUUUCAAGAUGA